AUGAUUGAAGCUUGUUUAACUAAUAAAGCUGCCAUCAAUUUGGAAUUAUUUUUAAAUGAUUGUGCGAAGGCAUUAAAAAUCAAUCCUAAAAAUACCAAAGCAUUUUAUCAAUCCGCAAAAGCUUUAUAUAUGCUUGAUAAAUUAGAUGAGGCUUUGGGUUGUUGUGAUCAUGCACUUUUGUCAGAUUUUGUUACAGCUUUUAAUGAAGACACUACAUUUCUUGAUUAUUUAGAAGUAAUUUUUGAAAAUCCUGCACCUAGGGACAUUGAUGGCAAAUAUAGAUCAUUAAAUAAUUUACAAAUUUAUUUUGGAUAUGAUCCAUCAAAUAGUGGAGAAAUGGAUGCUAAACCAAAAUUAAUUAAGAUUGGAAAGAAAUGUAUUCUAAAAGAGGCAUUAUCUCACCCCCAAAUACAUUGUUAA